GGCCACAGCCUCUGUCCCGUGAUGCCUCGUAGCGGGGUGCAUGCUGGGAGUUGUAGGCCCGGCGGCCUCUCGUCCCGUGAUGCCCCGCGCGGGCUCUUCAGUUCCGGGCGCGCGCGGUGGGCAGGCGGCGGUGCGGGGAUGGAGGGCGGGUUCGGCUCCGAGUUCGGGGCCGCGGGGGGCGGCGCGGGGGGGAAGCUGGACCCGGGGCUCAUCAUGGAGCAGGUGAAGGUGCAGAUCGCCGUGGCCAACGCGCAGGAGCUGCUGCAGCGGAUGACCGACAAGUGUUUCCGGAAGUGCAUCGGGAAGCCGGGGGGCUCGCUGGAUAACUCGGAGCAGAAGUGUAUUGCCAUGUGUAUGGACCGGUACAUGGAUGCCUGGAACACAGUCUCCCGAGCGUACAACUCCCGGCUGCAGAGGGAGAGAGCCAACAUGUGACCGGCUUCCAGCAGCCCUGACAACAUGCUUCAGUACUGCCCCCUGCUCUGGGAGAGUGACUUGAUUCCUGGACUAGCUGGAGUGGCCCCGUGAGAAUGAAAGGAAGGGUGGUGGGAGUGAAAUCCCUGUGAUUUGGUAAAUUUGGCAUUUUCAUCAUGGUAGAGCAAUAAAGCCAUGUAUGGAGCCUC